ACUGCUGAAACUGAUCAUAUUUAUUGCUUUCAAACCUCCAUUUCCGCGCCUCGAUUUUGAAUCCCCGUCGCUAACAAACAAACCAAAUUACUGUUUAAUGCGCCUAAAAUCCCUUUUCUUUCUACCUGCAUUCCUCCAUCGAUGGCCGAUUUCGUUUCGUUUUUGUUCAGGAUGUAAAUUGGCUGUAUUCUGAUCUUAGUUUUUAAAGCUUGAGUUUCGAUUUCAGUAUCAGAUUGCAGGGAUCUUCUCUCUGGUGAACGUACUCCGAACUCCACGAUUUCUUCGGCUCAAUGGCUAACUCAGUGUCUCCGAGUGACAGGCAAUUGAAGAGGUUGGAGUCUGGGAAGUCUCAUUCUUGGUGGUGGGAUAGUCACCUCAGCCCCAGAAACUCUAGAUGGCUCACGGAGAAUCUCGAGGAGAUGGACCGCAGCAUCAAACGUAUGUUGAAGCUAAUAGAAGAGGAUGCAGAUUCAUUUGCCAAGAAGGCUGAGAUGUAUUAUCAGAAGAGGCCAGUGUUGAUCUCUCAUGUUGAGGAGUUCUAUCGCAUGUAUCGUUCCCUUGCUGAGCGUUACGAUCAUGUGACAGGAGAGCUGCGAAAAAAUAUUCCUUCAGAUCUACAAUCCCAGGGCUCUGGUAUUUGUGACCUGCCCUCUGAGCCAUCCUCUACAUGGCCCUCUCCUGAUCAAAGGCUUGGACGUCGUAGAUCUGGGCCACGAGCUGCUGGUUUUGAUUUCUUCCUUGGAUCUGGUGGGAGCAAUGAUAUUUGCCAAAAGGAAGGAGAUGAAUCAUCAUCCUUAACAGAAUCUGAACCUGAUUCCGAUGACUCCUCGGUGUACAAUUAUGCAGGUGGUGAUCAAGGACUGAACAGGAAGAUGAUUGAAUUGGAGAUUGAGCUUCGUGAGGCCAGAGAAAAGAUCCGCAUGAAGGAGGAAAAUGCAGAAAGUUCAUUUCCAUUCAAGGGGUUAACAGAUGAAAAUUCUGAUGAUGCUUUUGCUAGAAAUAGAGAGGAAGAAUUAAGGAAUGCAAAUGAGAAGCUGCGAAUUUCAGACAUCCAGAUCACGAGGUUGAAAAAUAAGCUCCUGAAAUACGAGCAAUCAGAAUUGACCAAAGAUUUGAAGGCUGAGUCUGUAUCUGCUACAAUGGCAGAUACCAAGAGGCAUGAGGAUGAGGUUCCCUUGGUCAUUAAUCUGGAAUCAGAGGUUGAAGAACAUCAUACAGGUUUGGAAGAUGACCAAGUGAUUAACGUUCAGGGAUUGGUGGCAGAGCUAAAAAUUACAAAGGAAAGACUUGAGAACUCGCAGAAAGAACUUUGUAAAUUGAAACUUCAACAUGAGAAUAAUAGGUCACCCGAGAAAAUCUGCCAUUUGCAGGAUGAGCUUGAAGCUGCUCGAAAAGAUACUGCCACGUGGAAGGCCAAGCUGAGUGCAGAGAAAAGAGAGGUCUCUAAACUCCAAGAAAGAAUUGUGAGGUUGAAAGCUAGUUUAUUAGAUCGAGAUCAUGAGAUCAGAGAUUUAAAUUUAGCAGUAUCUGAUGCUGAGCAGAAAAUUUUUCCUGAGAAAACACAGAUUAAGGCUGAAAUAUCUCGGCUACUUGAGGAACGAGCUCUGUUGAUGGAACAACUAAGAAAAUGGGAACAUCAAACUCGUCUUUUGGAGGAUGAGAUCAGAAAAGUCAAGAGGGAAAAGGUGGUUUUGGAGGAGAGACUUAAUCGUGAGAUUCAGUUGUUGGAAACGACCAUUGUUAACAAAGUAGAAUGCAUUGAGAAUCUUAAAAGUGGCCUUGAUGGCUUCCAAUCUGAAAGAGAUCAGCUCCAUUCCGAAGUUAUUACUUUGAAAGAGAAUUUGAGCUCUAAAGACAAGCAGGUAACCAAAAUAAACGAGCAUGUGCAAAAAUUGGAAAGGGAACGUGUGGAACUUGUAUCAGGUGUUGAAAAAGCAAAUAGGAGGGCAGAGGAGUUAAGAUUAAGAGAGAAGGAACUAGAAGGGAAGGUCGAGAGGCAAAGAGUACUAAUAAUGGAAGGAGCAGAGGAAAAAAGAGAGGCUAUAAGGCAGCUAUGUUUUUCGAUUGAGCAUUACAGGAGUGAAUAUCAUAUGCUUAAAGAAGUUUUUAUCAGUCAAAAGUGUGCUCUCAUGUCCGCAUCUUAAGGCAAGUCAUCGCAUUGUUAAUAUUGGCUCUUGAAGAGUUGUUGGCCUGUUUUUGGGAUGAAACAAUCAGUUAAUAGAGAGUCUGCAACAGUUGACCGUGGAUUGGAACAUAAUACAGUUCUGUUUGUUAAAAUAAUGAUGUAUAUGUAGUUGUUUAGAGUAACAAUAAAUGGGUGUUUGUCCAACAACUAGCUGUUGAUGGUCACUCUUGAAAGAGUGUGUAAUAGCUCACUGAUCGAGUACUCUUAUGCAGAAUAUCCUAGGUUUUGAUUUCACAGCUCUGACGUAAUUCAUAAAUGGUCCAGUGUCGAGAGGCCAAACGCCUUACUUUAGCACUCUAUAGGCUGAAUUAUAGAGCUGCUUUCUCUCCUCACUAAUCUUUGAUCUUUUAAUGUCUGUCGAAGAUGAAUGUGAACCCAGCCAAUCAAAUGUGCUCCAUAUUCUUGGGCCUGUCUUUUGUUGUGUAUAAGAUGCAAGGAUUGAAGCAUUUUAACUGACAUCAUCGUUGAUUAUUAAGCUUUGUCCAAGGUCUACCUGUUGCUCUUUUAUGUUUACUUAAAGCAGGAUUAUGAAUACGGUAAGUCUCCUGUUCAAUUGUUGACCUGUUCAAGUGUUGCCAUAUAAGGAUUAAUGAUUGGUUACAAACUCUUUCUGU